UAUUCACACUAGAUAAAAGGUCGUUCAUUUCAGGAAGGAAAGUUGAGCUCUUUGCAAAUGCAGUGGGCUCCGUUUCUACAAAAGCCUAUAAGAGACACAAUGGGACAUCAAUACUGAAGGGAAACCCUUUGGAGUUGAGCACUGCGCCGUCGGCUGUCCAGUGUCUGACAUUGUGUGCUGGUUAUCAGCACACUUCCAGCGAAGUCUGUUACGCGGCGCGAUACAACAGCGACACAGGCGUGUGUGAACUGAUAUCACGAGAUAGAUUGGGAACGGUUGAAUGGAUGUCAGCAAACGAAUGGAAGGUCUAUGUUACCAAGGAUGCAGGGUGUAAGGAGGGUUGGCAUUCCUACGAAAGUUCCUGCUACUUUCUUUCGACUGAACAUUUGACUUGGCACGAUGCCCAAAAUAGCUGUCUGAACUUAGGAGCAACACUAGCUGUUGUCACGGAUGAGGCAGAGGAUGAGUUUGUUUGGGACCUUAUUCAAACGUUGGAACAAAAAGCUGCUUGGCUUGGAGCGUCGGACGACGAUCUGGAGAGCUCGUGGCGUUGGGUCACUGGAGCGGAGUGGAACUUUACGCUCUGGCUAAAUGAUUACGAAGGUGGCAGACAAUGUAACUGUCUUCUCCGAUCCAGGCUCGGAUGGGGUGACUAUCCUUGUGAUAGCUAUCAAUAUUUAUAUUCGUACGUGUGCGAGUAAACAAUUGUGCAUAAAACAUAUCAACAUACAGGGCCAAUAAUACUUAUCUGGUCCUACGAACAUACACUUUAACAAUUGUGUGCAUAUUAACCCAUCAAUAUACAGGAUUUAUUUUAUUUAACUAGACCUCCCAACAUAUACUAAUACAAUAUAUUAAUUUUCGAAAAAAAUAACGCAAAAUAAGCCGAUUUUUUCCGAAAGUUACAACCCAUGCUGUUACGAUAGGAAAACAUGUUUGCAUUCCGUUGAACCGG